UGGAUCUUGUUCAAGGCGCGGGGAUCUGCCGGUCGCCCGCCGCCGCCGCCGCCCCGACGAAGACAUGACCGACUUUGACGACUGCGGCCCCGGCGCUGCCAACAUGUACCUGCCGGGCUGCGCCUACUACGUGGCCCCGUCGGACUUCCCCAGCAAGCCGUCGUUCCUGUCGCAGGCGUCGUCCUGCCAGAUGGCUUUCCCCUACUCGUCCAACCUGCCCCACGUCCAGCCCGUGCGCGAGGUGGCCUUCCGCGACUACGGCCUGGAGCGCGGCAAGUGGCCCUACCGCGGCGGCUACGCGCCCUACUACGCGGCCGACGAGGUGGUGGCCCGGGACUUGCUGCCGCCGGCCGGCCGCCGGCCCGAGGUGCUGUUCAAGGCGGCCGAGCCCGGGCUGGGACCCUCCGCCGCCGCCGCCGCCGUCAACUUCUACAGCACCGUGGGGCGCAACGGGAUCCUGCCCCAGGGCUUCGACCAGUUCUACGAGGCGGCACCGGGCACCCCCUUCCAGCAGCAGCAGCCUCCGCAGCAACCGCCACCGGCCGAGCCCGACGGGGCCUCCGCCGAGAGCGACCUCAAGCCCCUGGGCGGCGGCGGCGGAGGAGGAGGAGGAGGAGGAGGAGGAGGAGGAAGAGGAGGAGGAGGAGGAGACCCCUGCGGCAAAUCCACCUCCAGCCCCGACCCCAAGGGGGCGGCUGAGGGCGGCGGGCGCGGCCUGGCCCCCUCCGCGGAGGCGGGGGCGGAGAAGGGCGGCGGCGCAGUCGCCCCCCAGCGAUCCCGGAAAAAGAGGUGCCCCUAUACCAAAUACCAGAUCCGAGAACUGGAACGGGAAUUUUUCUUCAACGUGUACAUAAACAAAGAGAAAAGACUGCAACUGUCCCGCAUGCUGAGCCUCAGUGACCGCCAAGUCAAAAUCUGGUUCCAGAACCGCAGGAUGAAAGAAAAGAAACUGAACAGGGAUCGACUCCAAUAUUUCACUGGAAACCCCUUGUUUUGAAAAAGCAAGAAGACGUCUCCCUC